AUGUCAGCCCAAUUCCAGCAACAGGUCCUCGAAGAACACAACCGACUCCGGUCGCUCCACGCGGCCCCUCCGCUUCAACUCAACCGGACCAUGUGCGCGUACGCCCAGGAGUGGGCCGAGGACAUUGCCCGGCGGAAGACGCUGCAGCACCGGACGGACAAAAAGUACGGCGAAAAUAUCUACGCCAUCUUUGGGCGGAAGGAGGUUUCCGGCGGGGACGCGGUGGCCAGUUGGUACGGUGAAAUUAAGGACUACACCUUUGGGGAGAAGGAUCCGGGUGGAAACUUUGGCAAGGUGGGCCACUUUACGCAGGUUGUGUGGAAGAAUUGCAAGAAGCUGGGCGUCGGAAUGGCCACCAACGGGGACAGCGUGUUUGUGGUGUGCAAUUACGAUCCGCCGGGGAAUUAUAAGAAUCAGUAUGCGGAUAAUGUGAAGGUGGCAAAGUGACGGAUAUGCUGUAGGCAAAUCUAUGUUUGAUAGAUUGUAAUAGAAUUUGAUUUAAAAAAAUUAAAUAUAAUAGAAAAUUU